AUGCAAGAAGAAAAUUCUGAACUUUCGGUCUGUCCCAGCUUCAGUAGCUACUCUUCUGAUGGACUCACAGACAUAGCUGCUCAAGUAACUCGCGAGUUUGGUGGUGGAGGGGACAGGCGACGACAAGUUGGUGAUGAUUUUCGGGGUGAAGAACUCGGGGAGUUGGACAACGAGGACGAUUUCGAAUUCGUUUCGGUUUCUAAGGCCGACGAUGUGUUCGUCCUUGACGGCCAGUUCGGUCCGGUAUUCCCGAUAUUCAAUCGCGACCUUCUAGUACCGGAGAAAAUUCAACUGCAAACCAACUUCGCCCACGACCCGAAGGAGGAAGAGGGUCACGACGCACUGUCUCUUCGGGUUCCGUUGAAGAAGCUGUUCGUCGAGGAAAGCGAUCCCAGCCCCAGAUUUUCGACAUCGUCGGAGGAAGAUGUGGAGGCUGAGCUUAAUGGGGUUCCUCCGGGAACUUACUGUAUUUGGACCCCGAAUAAUAAUAAUAGCAACAACAAUUCUGCCAAAGCCUCACCCAGCAAUAUUAAAUGCAAGAAAAGCAGUUCCACAGGGACUGGAUCAUCUUCUGCAUCAAAACGCUGGAGGUUACUGAGCUUGCUUCGCAGGUGCAACAGCGAAGGCAAGGACACGUUGGUAUUCUUGACGCCGAAGAAGGAAGAGAUCAUCAAAGCCGAGAAGACGGAUUCGAAGGAAAAGAAGGUGAAGAAGGCGGCGAAGGAAACGAUGUCGUCGGCGCACGAGGUGUUUUACGUGAGGAACAGGGCGAUGAAAGAGGGGGACAAGAGGCGGACAUACCUGCCGUACAGGCAAGACUUGGUCGGGUUCUGGACUAGCAUGGGGACUUUGGGCAGGAGCUUGCCUCCUUUCUGA